AUGGCUGUGCCCACCCCGCUGCCCCCCAGCCUGCGCCGGGGCUUGGUGGCCUUCAGUGGGUCCCUCUUCAUCAACAACAAGACGUGGGAUAGCGGCACUGCCCACACCUACCAGCCAGCUCACAAGGUGCUGUCCAGCCUGCCCCUCCAGGUGAUGCUCUACUUCAACGUCUACUACUUCCCAGUCUGGUGCCUGGCUGAGGGGAUUAUGCUGCACCUGAAGUACCACCUGCUGCCUUGGCACUAUCAGUUCCUGCUGGUCACAGCCUUCCUCAUCCUCUCGCUGGCUGAGGGCUCCCGCCUCUACCUGGGCUACCUGGGGAACCUGCAGGAGAAGGUGCCUGAGCUGGCUGGGUUCCUGCUCCUCUCCUUCCUGAUCCAGCUGCCCCUCCUGCUCUUCCUGCUGACGGACAGGCAGGUCAUCCACCUACCGCUGGAGGUGCCCAUGCACAGCUUGUUCCUGGCCUUCCUCCUCCUCGAGAUCGUGGCUGCCUUCCUGGUGCUGAGGACCAUGACCAAGCAGCUGGCGGCACAGUUUUACCUGCGGCAGUUCCAGGAGGGUGGGAGGGGCCGGCUGGAGCCCGGGGGCACAGGGGAACAGGCAGCCAAGAUGGGGUGA